AUGAAUGCCGCAUUCGAAACACCCUUUGACGAGUGGGAGGAGAAGGCCCAAGACCAGAUUGAUCACUCCAGAUACAGCAAGCUCGCUUUGAGGCUCGACGAGGAUGGAUGGCUGCCUCUAGUCCGCGCCGCAUACGAUGACGAGAAGCCCACCGACAACAAUUUCGCCAAGCGCUGCAGCCUCGAAGAUUGGAUUAGUGUUUCCGAUGACGCCUUGUCUACCGUCGAACCCGCGAUACUCAAAGCCAUUUGUGCUGGAGACGUGAACGCCACGGUCAAAGGCGAUAGCGGCCUGCGCAAAGUCAUCCAGUCGUACGAAGACCGCGCCGACAUCCAGGCGACUAUCUACCUGCAACAGAUGACGGUUGGUAUGGGACAAGAGGCACUUUCUGUCACUCACGCACGCGACCUUGCUUUGGACGCUAUGCAGUACGCGAACCAAGAUACCUCAGACAGCGCUGCGGAUAUGGCGUAUGCGAUCGACAAGAAGGCGCUUGAUGGAGACUGGCAUAUUCGCUACACCAUCAGCGGACGGCGCCACUUCAUCGAGGGCAGCAAAGGCGAGGUCAAUGUCGGAAAGAAGCGAGUGCUGCAAGGCUUUUCCCGCGCGUUGACUCGGCUCGCCGACCAGGCCGAGAAGGACAACAAGGCCUAUAUUCCUUUCCUACAGUUCAUCGGCUACGCAAGAAAAGGCCAUCGAGAAAGGUCGCAAGACGGAGACACCUUGACUGGAACGAGUUCGCUGCUCGCCUUCACCAAAUGCUGUCUUGAGAGCUGGAAGAGCUUCACCCCGGUCGAGAUGCAUCACUUCACUAUCUGUCUGAUCCCCGAUGACACUGGCGGUCCUGUCGCCUAUAUGCUUCUUGCCCGCCUUGCACGCGCAUACUACUUCGCUGGCGGCCUCAGCAUCGGUAAAGCAGAAGCCAGUAGUUUGAGCCUCGGCCUGAGCAAGUUCAAGCCCCAGGAACGCGGAAAUGUGUGGAUGGCGAACACCCAAUGGGUCAAAGACCACGCUAACUACGAUAAAACCUUGGAGAAAGAGGUAGCUUCCCGUACAAAGCUGCAGAAGGCCGAGUACGAGGCCGGCAUGAGCGCAGAAAUGGAAGAAAGCACCGACUUCAAAACAAGGCUCCAGAGCAUGCGUGAAGCCGUUGAGGAGAUUCGAGAAGAGCACAAGCUGCUAGACGAUUGGCAGGAGUUUGAGGAGAAUUUUCCGGAUGAAUACCAGGAGUUCAAGGAGUUGGAGAAGUUCGCUAUGGAGAUGACGAAGGCGCUCGCUGAGGUUGCGACAUCAUGA